AUGGUCACCGCCACCGAAUUUGCGGGCCCCCUGGGCAGUCAUCUCCGCAUUGAUCGCGAGAAGGCCCGCGAUGGCUUGCUGCAAGCUCUCACCGAUUCCGCCAUUGAUAUGGCGAGUGUGGAAACCAUGCUUGAGGACCAGCUGAACCAGGCCGACGAGCCUUGGGAGUCUCUGCAUGGUGCCCUCAUCACCAUUCAUGCCAUUUACCAGCGCACCACCGAACAGACUCCAGGCUUGUCACGCGAGUUUGCCGAACGCACAGCACCCCGGCUGACGGCCUUGCUGCGCCACCGAGAACCGCGUAUCCGUGAAUCGACCGGCCAGGCGCUUGCCGACGCCUGUGCUCGUCACGGCGUCUUCAUCUACGAGAACCAUGCUCGCGACGUGGUUAUGAACUCGAUCAAGGACAACUUGGAACGCCAUGUCACAGCUGAAGAGCUGGCACUCAAGCGUGAACGACUUGGCAUCAGCGAGAGCGACUCUAACGACGUGUUUCACGAAUCAGAGGGAUGGAAAACCCUUGAAACUGGCUGCAAGGCGUUGCGCCAAAUUGCCGAGGCGUGUGGGCCCGCCUUUGCGCCAUACAUCACGAGUGACCUGCUUGAGCUUGUCUUUGCUGCCAUCGCCCACACCAAUCGCUUUGUGCGCGAGACCGGCUACUACCUCUGCAAUCAGUUUGUUCGCAUCAUUCGCGAGGACGGCACCGUUGCGCCGCCCAUGCCCUACGAUGAGUUUAAGAUGCGAAUGGCCCAGCAGCUAGCCAUUGGUCUGGCAGACAACUGGAGUCAGGUUCGCAUGGCUGCUUCCGUGGCCACCCGCAGCUUCUUGGAGAGCAUUUCGGAGGAAGGUCGCACGACUCUCUAUGAUCUCCUUCUUCCCCGUCUCUGCAUUAACCGGUACUAUGUGGCUGCUGGUGUCCGCAACUUUUGCCAAGAAGCCUGGAAAGAGCUGUUCCAAGAUCGGGGCCGCCAGCUCAUUGCCGAGCACAUUGCUGCCACCGUGGAAUUUUACGUCAAGCAAGCUCAGGCCGAUAACCACGCCGUGCGCGAGGCAGCCUGUGCAUGCAUCGCCGAGCUGGGCCUCAAGAUUGAGUACGAUGCACUCCGCCCCUACGUCAAACAGCUUCUGGAUUGUCUCCUGGAGGCCUUUGAGGAUGAAUCUUGGCCCGUACGCGAUGCGGCAUGCAUCGCCUCGGGCCGUUUCCUCGGCGCUUUCCCGAUUGAGGCCAAGGGUGAGCCGCUGGACGCCUUCCUCAAGCUGUACUUCCACCAUCUCGGGGACAACAUCUGGUCCGUGCGUGAAAACGCCGCAGUGGCCAUUGGUAACGUCUGCAAGUCUUUCGGUGAUGAUCCCAAGGUGAAGGAGUUUGUGUUAAAGAAGAUUGAUGAGAUGCUGCCACAAGCUCACCAGCAAUCGGAAAACUCAGAGAGCUUUGUGGCUCUCGAGAAUGUCACAUCAUUCGGCGUCGCUCCCUCUGUGGGAACUCCAAACAAAGUCAGCUAUAGCUUCAACGACCCCGACCCCACGCACACCGACCAGCAGAUGUUUUCCUGCGGGUCGCUGGCUCCCAAGCUGAAGCGCAAGGGAGGUUGCAUGGACUGCGCGUUUCAUCGCCCCCAAGAGCCAUGGGAACGCAGCGAUGGCUGCAUGUAUCUGCUGCGAGAACUCUCGGCGCUGCUGCCCGAUGAGGUAGCUGGCCUGCUUUCUCAGGUGGUUGAUCUGGCCAAGCUGCGUCACUACAAGCAUUAUUGCAACUUCUUGGAAACCCUUUGGAAGCAGCUCCCGAUCAUUGCGAAGAACAUUAGUAAGAAGCGGUUCAAGCCUCACAUCCAGGGCUUUAUCCCUUCAAUGGCACACUCGCUGCAGUCGAGCCACCAGCUGUCGCGUGCCGCGGCCGAAGACUGCACGCGCCAACUUUGUGCAUUGCUUGGUCCCACUAUCUUUCUGGGUCGCGUGGAACUCGAGGAUCCGUCUUUGGUCCCGGUUUUCGCUCCCUUUGCCCGUGCCCAUUGA